GUUGGAGGAUGUUGGUUUGGAGAAGUUCUCCCUUCCGGUUCUUUUCACCAGGAUCUUCAUUCCUGCUGCGUUCUUACUGGUGUGUAUAGUUCACCUGCAUUAUUUCCAUGAGCCGUUCCUGCAGCUGACUGACCUGAAGACUGUGGUGGAUACACACAACAGCACCAUCACCAGGUUGGUUCACUCUGAUGGCAGUCUGGUCGACCUGUCAGUGGGUGGAGCUCCUCAGCUCCUCCUGGAGGAAGAGAAGACAAAAGGAGAGAGGGAGAGAGAGAGAGAGAGAGAGGGAGAAGAUAAGGGGAUAAAGGCAGAAGAGGAGGAAGAGGAAGAUUACCCCUGUGUGUUUGACAGGGAAACCCUUUCUGACCACAUAACAGCGCUGGUCUCCUGGAGGUUGGUGGUGGAUCGAAUCUCUGUGUUAUUCCUGCGCCUCCUCCUCUCCCUGCAGCGACUGCAGCGCCUCAUCUGGUGGCUCCUGGAAUUACACAUUGUCAAGAUCGUUUCCUCCUACAUCAUCUGGGUCUCUGUGAAGGAGGUGUGUGUCUUCAACCUGCUGUUUGUCCUAUGUGUGGGCGUGGCUCUGCCCUGCAGGGCGUUGCGCCCGCUACUGUCUGGAGUCUGUACAGUGUGGACCUGUGUGGUGACUGUUUGUAAGAUGUUAUACCAACUCAACGUCGUUCAGCCAAUCAGAUACUCGUCCAACUGCACCAUGCCAGAAAACUCCAGCACUGAACUGUCUCACUCUGCUCUCUACACUGGUCCAGUUGACCCCGCCCAGUGGGUGGGGCUUCGCAAGACAGACGGAAAACUGCUCGACUACCUGAGGUAUAACCUGAUGAUGUUAGCGCUGUUUGCAUUCGAGGUGACUGUUUACCGACACCAGGAACUCUACCGCCUCCGUCAUAAAAAAGUCCCGCCCCCUACCAGAACGCUGUUUCAUGACAUCACCAGGCGUCAGCUGGACGACAAUGUUCUGAGCUGCCUCAAAUAUUUCCUGAACUAUUUCUUCUACAAGUUUGGACUGGAGACCUGCUUCCUGUUGGCCGUAAAUGUGAUUGGUCAGCGGAUGGAUCUGUUUGCCGUAGCCCAUGCCUUUGGCCUCAUCACUGUCCUAUCACGUCGCAGCAGGAAGUACAUUGCCUUAGUGUGGCCCAAAUACUGCUACUUCCUUUCUGGGUUGUUGUGUUUCCAGUACCUUCUGUGCAUCGGUUUCCCUCCUGCUGCCUGUGCAGAUUAUCCUUGGAGACCUCCGUCCUCCAACAUGGACUCUAACGUGGUGAAAUGGCUCUUCCUUCCUGAUCACCUGACACCACCCAACCCACUCUUCCUCCUGUAUGAUUUCUUGCUCCUCCUUGGGGCGUCGCUGCAGCUGCAGGUGUUUGAGGAGGAGCUUCAGUCGACGGUUCAAAUCCUCGCAGGCGACAACAGCGAGCUAGACGGAGACGAUGGACAGAUGUGUGAUGUCAUCAGACGACUCCGUCUCAACACGGUUCCUGAUUUCACGCUGUGCAGGUCUUACCUGGACAUGAUGAAGGUCAUCAUCUUCAGCUACAUGUUCUGGUUUGUCCUCACCAUCAUUUUCAUCACUGGGACAACCAGGAUCAGUAUCUUCUGUAUGGGUUACCUGGUCGCCUGUUUCUACUUCCUGUUGGUCGGAGGAGAACUGUUACUAAAACCAGUUAAAUCCAUCCUGGUUUACUGGGACUGUCUGAUCGGCUACGACGUGUUUGUCAUCACCAUGAAGAAUAUUCUGUCGAUUCUGGCGUGCGGUUUCAUUAAGUCAUUGGUGUUGAAUCACUGUUGGCUCAUUCAGCUCUUCAGUCUAGCGUGCACCAUCAAAGGAUACACCAAACCGGAGCAGCAGAGCAGUAAACAGUGUGAGUUACCGAGUGACGAGGCAGGUAUCAUCUGGGAUGGAGUCUGUUUCUGUUUCCUGUUGCUGCAGAGACGAGUCUUCAGGAGUCACUACUUCCUGUACGUGGUCUUGGACCUGCAGAACACACAACUACUGAGAACCAGUCAAAACAUCACGAACCAGUUUCGGUCUGAUCUGAACUACUUCCUGUCUGUUUCCAUCAGGAUGGAAAGGAUCAAGUCCCGACAGCAGAAGUUUCGCAGAGGAAAAGAGAAAAUGUUGAGUUUAACUCAGGACAGCUGCCACACUGACGGUCAAGAAAACAAGAAGGGUCAGAAACAGAAGAACUGGUGGAGGCCCUGGGUAAACCACGCCUCCAUGGUUAGGAGUGGGGACUACUACCUGUUUGAGACUGACAGUGAGGAAGAGGAGGAUGAAGAAAAGAAGGUGGAUGAGAAAAAGGAGGCGGAGCCUGAGAAAUCAGCCUUCCAGUUUGUUUACCACGCCUGGAUAACAGAUUCCAGAACAGCAAUGAGAGCUCGAAACAACCAGAGGAAACUGUGGGAGAAGAAUUCCUCUGAACGAAGGAGCAGGAAGGAGGAGAAGAAAGGAGCAGCUGGAGUCAUAGAAGUGACGGAGGAGACGGAGGAUGGUGCAGAGGAAGAGGAGAAAGAGGAGGGUACAGACACAGUGUUGCAUCGGCUCUCCAACACACUGCGGUUCUGUUGGGUUCUGCUGUCGGCUCUGCUGGACUCUCUGACUGCCUGGCUCAGCGGUUUGUGUCAGGAACACGUUGACAUCUCCACCGUCCUCCGCAUCGAGCACUGCAUGCUAACACAACAGGCCAAACAGGGUAACUUGCCCACUAGAGAGGCGAUCAACGUUUACUACGAAGAGCAGAUGAUGAAAACAUCCAGAGAGUCGGGUCUGGACUGCAGUUCCCAUGAUGCAGCAGUGAGAGGAAGAGAGGGGGGAGGAGAUGAAGAGGGAGAAAGUCCUGAUACAGAUGAAGAAGAAGCUGGAGGUCAAACAACCAUUGAGAAAGAAGAGAAACCCAAAACAGACUCAGACAAUGAGGAUGAUCCACAUUCUGAACAAGAUCCAGAACCAGGAUCAGCUGGUUCAGACCCACAUCCUGAAACAGGAUAUGAAGAUGAUCCAGGUGGACUACAGACCACAAGUCCACCUGAAGCAGAACCAGAAGCACAUGGACCAAAUGAACCAGGAGAAGAACCAACAACAGUCCCAUCAGAAGAUGUCCCAGAAUGCAUUGUGGCUAAAACCAGCCAAAGAUCACGACCCAAACUGUCCAGGAUGGAGAGGGUCCGGUCUCUGUUGUCUUUAUCAUCAGAGGAAGAACAGAUCAGUCGCACUCACAGUUGUGAAGAUUGGAACCAGCCACUUCCUGUUGACACACGCCCAACACACACCUUCACCAGCACCUCCUCCCUCCUCCUCCCCCCAUCCUACAGCCUUGCAAUUGGGCUCGACCUCCAGGAGGAGGAGGUGAGGGAGACGAGGGAGGAUGGAAAGAGGAGCAGGAGGGGGGAGGCGGAGUCAGGAUUUAGGAAGUGGCUGCUGACUCCCAGGGAAACCAAUGACUUUCUGUUUGACUCCGCCUCCACUUCCUGUCCACUGACAUCUCGCACUCAGGAGCUGACAGCAAGCGAGCUGCUGAGGAACAGGACUUUCUAUGAUGACGAGCUGGAGGCGUCAGACCGUUUCUAUGGAAACCAGCCUCAACUGCUCCAGUUGGGCUAUGCCCUCUACAACAUCCUGGCAGCCAGGUCGGAGACUGUGUGUUACCUGGUCAUCGUUUUGAACCACAUGGUGUCCGCCAGCUGUCUGACAUUAGUACUUCCUGUUCUGGUGUUUCUCUGGGCAAUGCUAUCGGUCCCUCGACCCAGUAAGACCUUCUGGAUGACGGCCAUCAUCUACACUGAGGUUACCAUCGUCAUCAAGUAUUUCUUCCAGUUCGGUUUCUUCCCAUUUAACCAGAAGCUGGAGGUGGACCGGUCCAAACCGUUCCACCCCCCAAACAUCCUGGGAGUGGAGAAGAAGGAAGGAUACGUCUUGUACGACCUACUGCAGCUGCUCACGUUAUUCUACCACAGAGCCACACUCAAGUGCCACGGACUCUGGGAUCAGACUGUUAGCAUGGAAGCCGACACUCUCCGUCACCACAACAACCAGACUGACUCUGCCGACUGUGCCUCCUCCAGCGACGUGGUUGACCCCCCCAUCACACUCCGACGGCGAGGCAGGAGACGAACACGCUCCAGCUCCACCCAGUUGCGCUCUCCUGCAGGCAGUGUGAGUUCCAGACCUCAGCACUUCGGCAGGUUCGAUCUGCUGCUGCAGAAACUCAGAGAAGUUUCCAUCAGAGUCAAGGAGUUCUCUGUUAGCAGGUGUAUGUCAGUUUACCGUCCAGUCUGUCAGUUCUUCAGAGCUCUCGUCCAACCAGAAUACAGCGCCGUCACAGAUGUUUACGUCCUCAUGUUCCUCGCAGACACAGUUGACUUCAUCAUCAUCGUCUUUGGCUUCUGGGCCUUUGGAAAACACUCGGCGGCUGCUGACAUCACUUCCUCCCUCUCAGAAGAUCAGGUUCCUGAAGCAUUCUUGGUGAUGGUGUUGAUCCAGUUUGGGACCAUGGUGAUAGACAGGGCUCUGUAUUUGAGGAAGACAGUUUUGGGGAAGUUAGUGUUUCAGGUGAUUCUGGUUUUCGGGAUCCACUUCUGGAUGUUCUUCAUCCUGCCGACUGUCACCGAGAGACGUUUCAAUCAGAACCUGGUGGCUCAGCUCUGGUACUUUGUGAAGUGCGUAUACUUUGGUCUGUCGGCCUAUCAGAUUCGAUCUGGAUACCCAACACGAGUUCUGGGAAACUUCCUGACAAAGAGUCACAACUACCUCAACCUGUUCCUGUUUCAGGGGUACCCUCAGCCUCGGGGGCAGAAGAAGAAACGGGUGGUGAAGUACGGGAUGGGCGGCCUCAUCGUUCUCUUACUCAUCUGUAUCGUGUGGUUCCCGCUCCUCUUCAUGUCGCUCAUUAAAUCUGUGGCUGGAGUCGUGAACCGUCCGCUCGACAUCUCUCUGACCAUCACACUCGGAGGCUUCCAGCCCAUCUUCACCAUGAGUGCUCAGCAGAAUCAGCUCAGGGAUCUGACGCAGGAAGACUUCAGCUCUUUCGUCAGCUCCUACAGUUACACACCCAGUGCCUUGCAGUUCCUGGAGGCGUACACACGUGAGGACGUGGCGGUGGCAGAGCUGCAGGGCAGCAGUAACUCGCUGUGGACCAUCAGUCCGCCCAGCAGACAGUACCUGAGCCAGGUGCUCAACCUCGACCACUUCCCCCUCACCCUGUCCUGGACGGUUCAGAGGAACCUGAGUCUGGGGGCAAAGGUGGAGCUUGCUUCAGGUAAACAUGUGACUUACCUGGACAAUGAGACUCGCCUGGAGCUGAUCGAGCUGCUGAACGGGACCAGGACACUUCCUGUGGUGAUACAGGAAGUGUUUCCAUGUUUCAUCCGAGCUCCGAGCGACUCCAAUGCCAAACCAAUCGAACAACUUUACGCAGAUAACCGCUACAAGGACAUCUUGUUGGCUCUGGAGAGGUCGACUAAUCAGAGUAGAGAGAUCCAGGAGUGGUGGAUCGUCGACCAACCGGCUGCCAGCUUAGUGCCAGUUCAGGGCGGGGCUUCCCUGAAGGACAAGAGGGAGGCGGGGCUCCAGCUGUUUGUAUUCAGUGAUAAAGUCAGUCCUCCGAGUCUCGGCUUCUUGGCUGGAUAUGGCAUCAUGGGAUUGUAUGCGUCAGUGGUUCUGGUGAUCGGGAAGUUCGUCAGAGAAUUCUUCAGCGGGAUCAGUCACUCGAUCAUGUUCGAGGAGCUGCCCUGUGUCGACCGCAUCCUCAAACUCUGCACCGACAUCUUCCUGGUGAGAGAGACAGGUGAGCUGGAGCUGGAGGAGGAGCUUUACGCCAAACUGAUCUUCUUGUAUCGAUCACCUGAGACUUUGAUCAAAUGGACACGGCGAUGACAUCAUCAGCGGACUCAACGUGUGGUUCCUUCAACAUUCUUUAAACGUUACUGAAGGAACCUUCGGGGAUCAUUCACCAGAUGUUCUCCAGAUGUUCCCCAGACGUUACUGCAAAGGCCAAAGGAACCAUCAGACUGGAACUCAAACAGAAUCAAUAGAAAUUUGUUGAAAGGUUCAGCUUUGAGAGAACUCACCUAUUAGCCAGGUGACCAAAAGGAACAGCUGAGAGGCGGAGCUAAGGCUGACAACGACCUUCUGAUGAAUCUAAACUCUGGACAUCACACAGCAGGCAGUGUUAUCACAGUAUUAAUUAUUGAUUAUGAAUAACUGCAGGGAACCUUCACCUCCUGGAGAACCUGGAAUCAUUAAUGUGACUUUGAAGUCGUAGAAAACGACACAUAAAACAAAAUGUUAUGGAAAAUAACGAGACUGAAACUGAUCAAAAGAAACCGAGAGAAUCCAGAACUUUGAAAGAUGUCAUGUGAGGAGUCGUGUUUACAGGAAGGGGUGGAUUCAAAUAUAAUGAUCGAUAUAUAAAAGUACAGAUUAAUACUCAAACACUGUAAUAUCUAAAUAUUUAUAUAUCGAUAUGAAGUGUUGUUUUGAGUGUUGAUAAUCUAUGUGAGGUCGACUCUAGAUCUACGUCAGAUCUACAUAAGUCGUACCAUUGGCUCUGUAUCGUCAGUAAAUGAGUUCGAUGUUUGAUUCCUCAUAUCGUUGGUUCGUGUUAGCAGCUUGUUAAAAAACAAACAUAAAUCCAGGACCCAAUCGAAACAAUGAGGGUGUAAGUCGUCCCACCCCCACAGGUCAGGGAGCUGUAACUGUGAACACGCCCACCAAUCACAAGGGAGUUAGUGAAAACAGCUGUUCACAUACAACAACACUGGAAUCACACACAGUGAAUAUUUAUUCCACGUCGCCUCCUAGUGACAGAAAACUGGAAGUGAGUCUGACUGACGUCAAAUUAGUAAAUAGUUUUACAGUGAAGGUGUUAACCGAUGAUGUCACUGUCACCUGACUGAUAUUUACCUGUAAACUCAGUGUCCUGAAAAAAAGAUGAUGUGAAAAUAA